AUGUCGCCCCCUGAAAGCCUCGGGGAUCCUCUCAAAAAAGAAUGGCAGUCCUCCGAAGCCCUAGCGAAUGGUUCCUCUCUGGCCAGCAGUAUGAAAGGCAGCGACGAUUCGACGGGCACGACGGAAUCGCAAGAGAAAACAGAGCCCGAGCCCGAGGCAGAUGAACCACCAUAUCCGACAGGCGUUCAGUUGGGACUCAUUGUUUUUGCGCUCUUUUGCUCGGUUUUCAUCGUGGCAGUCAGUCAAACCGUACUUGCGACAGCUAUCCCGACCAUCACGAGCGUCUUCAAUAGUUCCGAUGACAUUGCAUGGUACAGUACGGGAGAACAGAUCACGGCCGUUGCGUUGCAGCUUCCCUUUGGUCAAGCUUACUCGCUUUUCAACAACAAAUGGACGUUCUUGACCUCGGUGGUCAUCUACCUCGCCGGUAGCGCGGUUUGCGGCUCUGCGCCGACGUCAGUUGCCUUGAUCAUUGGUAGAGCCAUUCAGGGUGUGGGCAUGGCAGGCGUAUUCGGUGGCUCAUUCAUCGUCAUUGCUCGCAUCACGCCGCUUAGAAAGCGGAGUCUGUUUGCGGGCUUGUUCGGUGCUGCAUAUGCCAUCGCCAGUGUUAUCGGACCUAUCAUGGUCAAUCUCCCAAUCGGAGCUGUAGUAGUCGCCGUCGUCAUCUUCUGUUUGCCCCCUUCCCUCUGCCGGACCUCAGCGGAGCUCAGGUCUAUGACCCCGAUCCAGCUGGCGAAGAAGUUUGACCUUCUUGGUACUACCCUCCUACUGGCUUCUCUGGUCUGUCUGAUGUUAGCGGUCCAGUGGGGCGGUGGUGAGUAUCCGUGGAACGACGCGCGCGUCAUCGCAGUCUUGGUUGUAUUCGGGGUCACACUCCUCCCGUGGAUGGCACUACAGUACUUCCAGGGAGACGAUGCUACAGUGCCUCUCAGUAUUGUGAAACAGCGUUCCGUUGCGUCUUCUAACCUUUACCUGCUCUUCUUGAAUGGAGCUUUUGGUGUUUUCAUCUUCUACUUGCCUGUUUGGUUCCAAUCGAUCCGGGGAGAUGAUGCCGAAUCCUCUGGCUUGAAACAGCUAGCACUCUGCAUCAGUACAGCCGUUGGCUCAAUUGUAGCUGGAGGUCUUGUAAUGGCGAUUGGAUUCUACAAUCCAUUCGUAAUUCUGGGUUCCCUCCUGGUUACAGCCGGUUCUGCGCUCUUGAUGACCGUCAAGUCUGAUGCUGCACUUGGCAUACUUGUUGGCGCUCAGAUUCUUGUCGGUGCUGGCGUCGGUGUCGGAGCCGAACAGGCCAAUGUAGCCGUUCAGACCGUACUGCCCAACGAGAAGAUUCCCAAGGGCACUAGUCUGACCCUUUUCACGAGACUUUUAGGAGUUGCUCUAUCAGUACCUAUUGCGCAAAGCGUCUUCCAGCAAGAGCUUUCCAAGAACCUCGGUAGUGCCGUUGCUGCUAAGAUUUAUGGCGAUGGCGGAGCUACUCAGAUUAAGGACAACCUGCAAAAGAUUUUCGGAAAUGGGACCGCUGAGUAUCAGAAUGCAUUGGACAAGGUCAACACUUCCUUAACGAGAACCUUUGAGCUGGCCAUGGUCCUAGCCGCCAUAUCAUUCCUCUUUGCAAUUCUCUUGGAGUGGAAGAACGUCAGAAAGGAGAAGAGGUCAUUUGACGAUGCGAAGGAACAGAAGAGUCAGCCUAAAAAGUAA